GUCUCCACACAUCUCUCAAACUUUUCUGCGCCCGGAGCGACGAUGACAGCGCACGCACUUUCAGCGGCUCCAUCGAGGAUAUCCGAUCCCAAGAUACUGACAAGGAGCUCGAUCUGAAAGCUCGGAGAGAGAGAAGCGGGUUGCAAGAGAGACGUAGGCGGGAGACUGGAGGCAGAAUGCGGGCGCUGAUCGUGGUGCUGAAACCGCUGUGUUUUCUCGCUCUGCUCGGCUACUGCCCUUCCGCGACCAUCAGACCAAAGGAGGGCUGGCAGGUGUACAGUUCAGCGCAGGAUGCCGACGGCCGCUGCAUCUGUACAGUGGUGGCACCAGAACAGAACCUGUGCUCCAGAGACGCAAAGAGCAGACAGCUCCGCCAGCUACUGGAGAAGAUUCAGAACAUGUCGCAAUCAAUCGAAGUGCUGAACCUGAGGACCCAGAGGGACUUCCAGUAUGUCAUGAAAAUGGAGAGCCAGAUGAAAGGACUCCGAUCAAAGUUCAGACAAAUCGAGUCGAACCGAAGAACAUUAUUGACUAAAAACUUUCAGGAGCUGAAGGGGAAGAUGAACGAACUGCAGCCGCUGAUUCCAGUGCUGGAGCAGUACAAGACUGACGCCACGCUCAUAUCUCAGUUCAAGGAGGAGAUCAGGAACCUGUCUCUGGUGCUGAUUGCUAUCCAGGAGGAGAUAGGAGCGUACGAUUACGAGGAGCUCCAGCAAAGGGUCUUCGGCUUGGAGGGAAGACUGAGGAACUGUAUGAACAAACUCACGUGUGGUAAGUUGAUGAAAAUCACGGGCCCCAUCACUGUAAAGACAUCAGGAACGAGGUUUGGAGCUUGGAUGACAGACCCUCAGGCUUCACCUAAGAACAACAAGGUCUGGUACAUGGACAGCUAUACAAACAACAAGAUCGUCCGUGAGUACAAAUCGGUAAGCGACUUUGUGUCUGGCGUGGAGUCAAGAACCUACAACCUUCCGUUCAGCUGGGCCGGAACUAAUCAUGUGGUCUACAACGGCUCCCUUUACUACAACAAAUACCGGAGCAACAUCAUUGUCAGGUACAGCUUUGAAAGCGGCCGGGUUAUGACCCAACGAGCUCUCGAGUCCGCCGGCUUCCACAACGUCUACCCAUACAGCUGGGGCGGAUUCUCAGACAUUGACCUGAUGGCCGACGAGCUCGGUUUGUGGGCCAUCUAUGCCACCAAUCAGAAUGCAGGGAAUGUAGUGAUCAGCCAGCUGGACCCUCUGACCAUCCAGGUGCUGAACUCUUGGAACACAGAGUACUCCAAACGAAACGCGGGUGAGUCCUUCAUGAUCUGCGGCACACUGUACAUCACCAACUCCCACAUGACCGGUGCUAAGGUAUACUUCUCAUACUCCACCAAAACCUCUACCUACGAGUACAUGGACAUCCCCAUCCACAACCAGUACUUUCACAUGUCCAUGCUGGAUUACAACGCCAGGGAUCGUGCACUUUACGGCUGGAACAAUGGCCACCAGGUACUGUUCAACGUCACGCUGUUCCACAUUAUUAAAACCGACGACGAAUCCUGAGGGAUCUACCCUGAGGUGAGAGGAAAACUUUGAUUUCACAGUUACACUGAUCUGUAAUCGCCGUAGUAUUGCUGUGAAAUAAUAGGUUUUAUAUAUUUCAAUCAAAAGAGGUUCAGUUUGAGGUUCAGUGCCUCUGGAGAUGUCAGUCAGCAUUGCACUCCUCCAUCUGUAAAACAAUCAUGAUUAAACUCAAACUCAGACUCAGAUAAGGACAGUUUAAAGCUCUAUUUAAAUGUUGUUUGUGCAACUUCCAGUGCGUAGCAGUGGUGUUCAGCUAUAAUGCUCGAUUCUGCAAAGAAUGUAACAAACACUUUUAACUAAACUUAGAAACAUUCAAUGAUAAAUCCUUAUUAUAUACUUAUCUAUCAAAUUGUGUCUCUUAGUUUUAGCUUGUCAAAUGUUUAGAGGAGUAUGAAUAUAUUUUCAGCUAUUUUCUGACUUACUUAAAGGAAUGGUUCACCCAAAAAUAAACAUUGGUCAUUAUUUACUCAUCUUUGUGUUGAUCCAAAACUUUGUGGCAUUUGUGUGGAACACCAGAAAAUAUCUACACAAUGGACAUCAAUAGGCUCCAAAAUAUUUUGGGUCCCAGUAUCUUUUAAAAUAUUUUCUUUCAUGAAACAAACAAAUUUAGGGUGAGUAAAUGUUACAGAAUUCUCAUUUUUGGGUAAAAGUACCCUUCCAUGCUGAAAUUAUUUCCCAUUGUACAAUCUAAUUACAAUAAAAAAUACUUUAGAGGUU